CGCGAUGUUUACGGAGCGGUGGCGUUGUUCGGGCGAGCCGACGACGAGACCGUUGCUGUCUGGAAAUCUGUCUUGUGGGUCAGACAGAAACGUUUUUUUCGUUAGUUGACAAUUCUUCAAGUCCGACAAAUCAUUAGUUUUAAGCUUUAAAAUCGCGUCUCGGUCAGUUUUCUGUUUUUGACUGGUAACAGGAGAAUGGCUGACGCUGAGGUGAACGGUAGUUCUGCCCCUCUAAAGGAGGAAGAGGAGCCCAUGGAUGUGACCGCAACACAUACUGACGACUAUCAAACACUCAUCGAUGCUGGGCUGACCCAAAAAGUGGCUGAGAGCCUAGACAACAUCUUCCAGACGGGGCUGGUUGCAUAUUCUGACCUAGAUGAAAGGGCAAUUGAUGCACUAAGGGAGUUCAAUGAGGAGGGAGCGCUCACUGUACUCCAGCAGUUUAGAGAGAGUGAUCUGUCACACGUACAGAACAAAAGUGCUUUCCUCUGUGGAGUCAUGAAGACAUACCGACAGAGGGAAAAGCAAGGCAGCAAAGUUCAAGAGUCCACAAAAGGUCCGGAUGAGGCAAAAAUUAAGGCUCUAUUGGAACGAACAGGAUACACCUUAGAUGUCACAACGGGGCAGAGGAAAUAUGGAGGUCCCCCUCCUGAGGAUGUGUUCAAAGGUGUACAACCAGGCAUUGGAACUGAGAUCUCUUGUGCUCACCAGGUGUUUGUAGGAAAAAUUCCUAGAGAUUUGUAUGAAGACGAGCUGGUGCCACUUUUUGAAUCUGCUGGUACAAUCUGGGACCUGAGGUUAAUGAUGGACCCUCUCACUGGGCAGAACAGAGGAUAUGCCUUCAUUACCUACUGCAAUAAGGAUGAUGCACAAAAGGCAGUGAAGCUCUGCGACAACCACGAAAUUCGCCCUGGCAAGUACUUGGGAGUGUGUAUAUCUGUUGCAAACAAUCGACUGUUUGUGGGAUCAAUUCCAAAGAACAAGACCAGGGAAAGUAUACUGGAAGACUUUGGCAAACUUACAGACGGUCUCCAGGAGGUGAUACUGUACCACCAACCAGACGACAAGAAGAAAAACCGCGGCUUCUGUUUCUUAGAGUAUGAGGAUCACAAGUCAGCAGCACAGGCCCGCCGCCGCUUAAUGAGUGGCAAGAUAAAGGUGUGGGGGAACCCGGUCACUGUGGAGUGGGCUGACCCUGUUGCUGAACCAGACCCAGAAGUCAUGGCCAAGGUAAAGGUCCUCUUUGUUAGGAAGCUGGCCACAGCAGUGACAGAAGAGCUUUUGGAAAAGACCUUCUCUCAGUUUGGAAAACUGGAGAGAGUAAAGAAACUCAAAGAUUAUGCUUUUGUUCAUUUUGAAGACAGGGAUGCUGCUGUGAAGGCUAUGGAUGAAAUGAACGGGAAGGAGCUAGGAGGAGAGGAAAUUGAAAUUGUUUUGGCAAAGCCCCCAGACAAGAAACGGAAAGAGCGCCAAGCUGCUCGGCAGACGACCAGGAACACAGGAUUUGAUGAUUACUACUACUACCCACCACCACGCAUGCCACCACCAGGCCGAGGAAGGGGUCGUGGUGGCAGAGGGGGUUAUGCCUACCCGCCAGAUUACUAUGGUUAUGAAGACUACUAUGACGAUUACUAUGGCUACGACUAUCAUGACUACCGCGGCGGCUAUGAAGACCCUUAUUAUGGCUAUGAAGAUGUGUACAGCAUGAGGGGCCGUGGUACCCGCCCCGCCAGGGGUGGCCCACCUCCACCAAGGUCCCGUGGAGCACCACCCGCACGUGGCCGUGGAGGGUACCCCCAGAGAGGGCCACCCAUUGGUGGUCCAAGAGGAGGCAGAGGUGGCCGAGGAGCCCCCUUCCAGCCACAGAGGGGCCGUGGUCCUCGUGGAGCCAGAGGCAACCGUGGAGGAAAUGUUGGUGGGAAAAGGAAGGCAGAUGUGUUCAACCAGCCUGACUCCAAGCGCCGCCAGACCAACAACCAACAGAAUUGGGGAUCCCAGCCCAUCGCCCAGCAGCCUCUACAGCAGGGGGCCGACUAUUCCGGUAACUAUGGUUACAGUAAUGACACCAUGGAGUUUUCACAAGAUUCUUAUGGGCAGCAGUGGAAGUAGAUGCACCAAAAGAUCCCAGAAUUGGCUCGAGAUGAUUGGCUGGAAAGCCUUUUGGCUGAAGAAAUGAACGUAACCGUUGUGGUGAAUCAUUUGUUACUCCUACGGUUACAUUAGGACAUGUGUCUUUAAAAAAAAAAAAAACACUAAACACUUUUAUUGUUACUUUUUGUUCCUGAUUCUUUUAAGCAAUCCAUGAACAUUUCCAAAAAAAAAAAAGUGGACAUUCAUUCUCAAAAGUCUGAGAGGACAUUAAAUACUGACCUUGCCUUGCAGAAGGUUUUUGUCCAUACCCCUUCCCUCCCCCUCUCCUUCUUGUACUCCCUUUAUUUGUGGUUUAUCAUAGUUGCUUAGGGACUUGCUUGUAAAUAAAUGCAUAUGGUUAGUGCUUCAUACUUCAUUUUUUGCAGCAGUGGAGAAAAGAAUCCACAGGAAGGAAGACAUUUUGUAAUGUGUAUGCCUAGCAUUUCUAGAGGUAGACAAAAAUUGUGUUUUUUUUAAACUGAUAUCAUAACUUCAUAUGUUCUCUUCAAACUUUUCCCAAUAGAAUUUGGUUUGGCUUACCUUAAGAGCCAUAGCAGUUUGUCUCUGAUGGUCUUUGUAUUUAUAACUUUUACGUUUGUUCCGUUUCAAUAAAACUCAGCUGAGCAUCAGCCAAUUGUCAAGAUACUCAAAUUAAGUGUUGUCAUUCAGUAUUUGAUUUGAUUUUGACUUCAAUUCUCACAUUUGGAUGAACUUCUCCAAGUGAAUUGUCAAAUUCUGCCUCAGAAGAAAUCACUAAAGACUGAAAUUGCAAAAAGCCGGACCAGAGCAUUGAGAGAACUAAAAGGUGUUGCGACAGUACAUGGAUCACAGGAUUCUAACCCUUUGUUUUUCAGCAUUUCCUGCAGUUAAAUUCUUGAAAGCGCAUUAUGACGAUAGACUUUAAAAAAAGAAGGUAACUUCUUACCAUUGCCCAAGAUUGUGCCUGUCUUUAAACUGCUUCACUCAAGUGUUGUUUUUUUCAUAUUUAGUGAGAGAAGAACAAAUUGCUUAAGCAUACUGUAAACUUCACCUCAUUCAUUAUCAAUGU